CUUUCUCCUCCUCCUCGUCAGUCCACGGAGAGCUACAAACGCAGCCUUCCUCCUCCACCCGCCCUGCUCUCCUACCAGCCGAAUCCGUGAAUACCUCCGCCGGAGCUCGCGUUCGGCAGUCAAUGUCGGCCUCUGAGACCGCUGGUGAGAGAACUGUCAGGCACGCCUUCGGGAAUGUCCUCGCUUUCUUCAUCCUCCUCCUGAUUGGCGUUCUCGCUUUCUCGAUCCGUCUCUUCUCCGUCAUCAAGUAUGAGAGCGUCAUCCACGAGUUUGAUCCUUACUUCAACUACCGAGUGACUCAGUUUCUGACGAAGAAUGGAAUAUAUGACUUUUGGAAUUGGUUUGAUGAUCGGACAUGGUACCCACUUGGUCGUGUGAUUGGAGGAACUGUUUACCCUGGAUUGACAUUAACUGCUGGCACUCUAUGGUGGGUGCUAAAUUCCUUGAAUAUUCCUCUUUCGGUGGAAACUGUAUGUGUAUUUACGGCACCAACAUUCUCUGCUUUUGCUUCAUGGGCAACUUACUUUUUAACUAAGGAAGUUAAGGGUCCUGGUGCAGGAUUAGCGGCUGCAGCACUGCUAGGAAUGGUCCCAUCAUAUAUAUCUCGAUCUGUCGCUGGAAGCUAUGACAAUGAAGCUGUAGCUAUAUUUGCAUUGAUCUUCACGUUCUAUCUUUAUAUUAAGACACUAAAUACAGGAUCCCUCUUCUAUGCCACUUUCAAUGCCAUAUCCUAUUUCUACAUGGUUUGUUCAUGGGGAGGAUACACCUUCAUUAUCAACCUGAUUCCCAUGCAUGUGCUACUGUGCAUUGUGACUGGCCGUUAUUCAUCUCGACUCUAUAUCGCUUAUGCUCCCCUUGUUGUGUUGGGCACAUUAUUGGCUGCAUUGGUGCCUGUUGUGGGGUUCAAUGCAGUCAUGACAUCAGAGCAUUUUGCAUCAUUUCUGGUUUUCAUCAUCAUUCAUGUAGUUGCUCUGGUGUAUUAUAUUAAAGGGAUACUCUCCCCUCGAAUGUUCAAAGUAGCUGUUACACUUGUGCUCUCCGUUGGCAUUGCAGUGUGCUGUGCUGUGAUAGCCAUCCUCAUAGCAGUGGUUGCUUCUAGUCCAACCAAGGGAUGGAGUGGUCGAAGUUUGAGUUUGCUUGAUCCAACUUAUGCUAGCAAGUAUAUACCUAUUAUUGCUAGUGUUAGUGAACAUCAGCCACCCACAUGGCCGUCUUACUUUAUGGACAUUAAUGUGUUGGCUUUCUUGGUUCCGGCUGGCAUUAUUGCAUGUUUUCUCCCCUUAUCUGAUGCAAGCUCCUUUGUGGUUCUCUAUAUUGUAACAUCAGUAUACUUCUCUGGAGUGAUGGUUCGCCUUAUGCUUGUGCUUGCUCCAGCAGCUUGUAUUAUGUCUGGAAUAGCACUUUCGGAAGCUUUUGAUACUCUCACGGGUUCAAUCAAGUUCCAGUUACUAGGAUACUCCUCUGUUAAUUCCCAAGCUGCUGCAGGGGAUGCUAGUCCUGAUAGCACUUCUGCACAAAGCAAUGCACUGAAGCCUGAUAAAAGUGAGGAGACAGCAAAGGAAAGGACAUCUAAAAAGAGCAAGAAGAAGGAGAAAGAGAGAGAAAAGGAGAAAGAGCAGGUUGAUCAGUCGUCUGUGCAGCCCCGAGCUGGAAGGAGGCUUCAGGUUCUCCCUUUAGAAGCAUCCAUCAUCGGUGUCUUUUUGCUCAUACUGCUCGGCGCCUUCUAUGUGGUUCAUUGCGUCUGGGCAGCAGCUGAAGCUUAUUCAGCCCCAUCAAUUGUCCUGACCUCUCAAACGCAAGAUGGGGGGUUGCACGUUUUUGAUGAUUUUAGAGAAGCUUAUGCGUGGUUGCGUCACAACACAGAGGUUGAUGAUAAAGUUGCAUCAUGGUGGGAUUAUGGUUACCAAACAACAGCAAUGGCAAACAGAACUGUCAUUGUAGACAACAAUACCUGGAACAACACACACAUUGCAACUGUUGGAACUGCGAUGUCUUCUCCCGAAAAGGCAGCGUGGGAGAUUUUCAACUCCCUGGAUGUAAAAUAUGUCCUUGUUGUCUUUGGAGGUCUCGUGGGAUAUCCUAGUGAUGAUAUCAACAAGUUCUUGUGGAUGGUGCGCAUAGGAGGGGGCGUCUUUCCUCAUAUCAAGGAACCCGACUAUUUGCGAGAUGGGCAGUAUCGGAUUGACUCUCAGGCCACUCCUACCAUGCUAAAUUCCCUGAUGUACAAGCUCUCAUAUUACAGAUUUGUGGAGACAGAUGGUAAAGGCUUUGAUCGAGUCAGACGUACUGAGAUUGGGAAGAAAUACUUCAAACUCACUCACUUCGAUGAGGUGUUCACAACUCAUCACUGGAUGGUUCGGAUUUACAAACUAAGGCCUCCAAAGAACAGAAUCCGCGGAAAAGCAAAGAAAUCCAAAUCAAAAACGAGUUCAGCAUCAACCUCAAAAAGGACUGCAAAGAUCAAGAAGAACCCCUGGCAGUGAAAAGAUUUUUGAGAUUUUACAAGCUAUUGUCUCAGGGUAGCGAAGUUGGUUUAGUCGGUUAUAUAUUGUUGCAGGCGAUCUUCAGGAAAGUCAUCCCCUAUAGAGACGUGGGAAAAAUAUCGAGGAUUUUGCAGUACUGUGAUAUUUUAGUUUACAUAUCAGUUUUUUGUUCUCGCAGGGAGAGCAGGAUAAUAGAAUUUGUGGGUCUCUGAGGUUGAUGUCUGGCGCGCUAAAUUGUUUAACACAGGAGCUGAUUGUUUGUGGAUUAGGGCCUCUAGAUACAAUGCUUAGUAAAGAUUUUUGUAGACAAAAGUUCUUUCCAAAUAUUAAGUUAAAAUCGAAUUUUCCUCGCUUCUUGAUGAUAUUCUAAAA